UAAAAGUUAAAACCCAGAGCCAGAAACAAGUGUGAAUUCAAAGCCACCGCACCAAACUUUUAUAACCUAUCAGUCACGGCAAGACAAAUUAUUCAAGCAGCCCUUGUAUUGUACUUUAGUUACUGCUCAUAUAAUUAUUAGUUUUUCUUUUUCUUUUAAAAAACAAACACCAUAUAGACAAAUCACACACAUCAGAAACAAAAACACAGUGUGUUCUUAAAAAGACCACCUCUCUUUCUUCUUAUUAUUCUUAUAUAUAUUAUAUUUUAAUAUUCAUUGUUCUUUACCACCUAACUGCUGCUUCAUUCAGCUUAAGAAAUAACAGGUGGGUUUCUUUGUCUGAUUUAAAAACCAGAAAAAAGAAACCCCUGAAAAGAAUGAAGAAAUUCAAGAACUACUACAUGCACUUAAGGCACCAGCAGCAGCACCAAUCAGUAGAAAGAAAAUGGGUUUUCCCACUCGCAAUCGGUUCCUUACUCUCUCUCUUCCUUCUCUUCCUCGCAACGCUGACGUCACCUUCCGGCGGUUCAAUCCUCCCAUUCUACCGCUCCAUAACUGCCACGUCAUACUCCAUCUUUGUAGAAUCCAAGCUCCACGUCACCCCUCCCUCCCACCUCCCUCCUCCGCCUCGCCUCGCCUACCUCAUUUCCGGCUCCGCCGGCGACGGCGCCUCCGUCAAGCGGACUCUCCUCGCGCUCUACCACCCUAACAACCGUUACGUCGUGCAUCUCGACCUUGAGGCAUCGAAGGAGGAGCGUGCGGAUCUGGUUGAGUUCGUUAGGAGCCACGCGCUUUUCCGAAGGUUCCAGAAUGUGAGAGUGAUCGAGAAAGCUAACCUUGUUACGUAUCGAGGACCUACCAUGGUGGCUAACACGCUUCACGCUGCCGCCAUUCUCUUGAGAGAAUCGAGUGACUGGGAUUGGUUCAUCAAUCUCAGUGCCUCCGAUUACCCCCUUGUUACUCAAGACGAUCUGCUGCACACGUUUUCGUACUUGCCUCGCGAUCUCAAUUUCAUUGAUCAUACUAGUAAUAUUGGAUGGAAAGAUCACCAGCGUGCAAGGCCAAUAAUUGUUGAUCCCGGGUUGUACAUGAACAAGAAGCAAGAUGUGUUCUGGGUAACACAACGGAGAAGUAGGCCUACAGCAUUCAAGCUUUUCACAGGUUCUGCUUGGAUGGCACUCUCAAGAUCAUUCAUUGAUUACUGCAUAUGGGGCUGGGACAACCUGCCCCGGACUGCUCUUAUGUACUACACGAAUUUCAUAUCUUCCCCGGAAGGAUACUUUCACACUGUUAUCUGUAAUGCUCAAGAGUUCAAGAACACAACAGUGAACAGCGAUCUGCAUUACAUUUCUUGGGACAAUCCUCCCAAGCAGCACCCCCACUACCUUAAUCUUGCGGACAUGCAAAAGAUGGUCGAUAGCAAUGCUCCCUUUGCGAGGAAGUUCCACAGAGAAGAUCCAGUAAUGGACAAAAUUGAUGCCGAGCUAUUAUCCAGGGGUCCUGGAAUGGCUGUUCCAGGAGGGUGGUGCAUAGGAAGCAGGGAGAAUGGGACUGAUCCCUGCACUGAAAUUGGUAAUACCACGGUCCUCAGGCCUGGCCCAGGUGCAAAAAGGCUUGAAACAUUAAUCAGCUCUUUAUUGUCGAACGAAAGUUUCCGUCCACGACAGUGUGUAUGAGAAGAAUCAACAGGCACCCUCAGCAAUCUUUCAGAGAUUAUUUUCCCUGCCACUUGCUUAUCAGUUUAUAUGUGCACCUCGGGUUAGCACGUUCAGUAAAUUAGUGUUUUUUUAUUGGUAGGAAAAAGGAAAUAGUGAAAGUAUACACAUAUUAGUUGAAGAACAAGUGAGAUGGAUCUUGUUACCUAGAUGUGAUCGAAUCGGAGAUGGAUCGCCCACACUGUACUAUUAUGGUAUACAAGAAAACUGAAUCUGUAACCCCCCAAGUCACCACUCCCUUCCAUCUCACUUGGCUUGUGAUUUGGAUCCAAUGAAUGAGUAACCAGUAUUGAAGGUUUCUUCAUAUGGUCAUGUAGCUCAGAAUUGGUAAGCUGAUGUCUACCAUUUAUUGUUCUAUUUGACAUUUGGGACAAGAAAAUGAGGGAAAGGGGAUAUUAGUUGUGGGGGGUUGAAAAAAAAAAGAACAGAAACAAACGAUGUGAAAUUGGAAUGGAAAUGUUUUUUAUGUAUCUUAAUCUUUUACUUUUUA